AAUACAAUUUUCAGAUUUUGCCCUCUCCUUUUCUAAACUUAAUAAAAAAUACCCUCUCCUUUACUACCUUGGCCGCACCACCACUUCCCGCCGCCGUUCACCGCCAACUCAAAUAGUGCAAAUUUCAAUGGAAGUUCAAAAUUUAUCUUUUAAACUUUCCUUCAGCACACCCACCACUUCACCAAUUCAAAUCCCAAAAAACCCAUUCUUUCAUGUUUUACACAAACCAUUAAAUAAUAAUCUUACCCUUAAAGGCUCUUUCUUGAAACCCCAUUUUUCUUUUUCUCCUAAAAUUUUACAGUGUACUAAUUGUUUGCAAAGAAUGGAAAAAGAAGUUAUUACAGUGAAUAAAGAACUUAAAAAGAAGAAAUUGGCAGUUUUUGUAUCUGGUGGUGGUUCAAAUUUCAAGUCAAUUUAUGAAGCUACACUUGAAGGGAUUGUUCAUGGAGAGGUAGCUGUUUUAGUUACUAAUAAACAUGAUUGUGGAGGUGCUAAGUAUGCAAGGGAGCAAGGCAUCCCUGUUAUUUUGUUUCCUAAAGCAAAGAAUUCAUCCGAGGGUUUAUCAGAGGAGGAUCUUGUGGGUUCUCUAAGAGCCCACAACAUCGACUUCAUUCUUUUAGCCUGGUACUUAAAGCUUAUUCCUACUGGUUUUUUUUCCGACGACCAUGGCUGCCCCGUUUUUUUUACUACGUUUGCCAACCCUGCGGUUGUUACAUUGAACCAUUGCUAUGUUUAUUAUUGCCUUUAAUAAUUUUGUGUUGCCUUAACUGUUUCAGAAAAUCAUUGGCGUUGUCUUUGCAUUUAUCGGGCGUAUUCUGCGAGUUCAUUUUUUAGUUAUUGCUGCUGUUGUAAUUUAGCUAUAGCUAAUUUGCUAUUGA